UCACAGUCUCGCGAUGUUUGAUACAAUGUUUUAAAAUGGCUACAUUGUAGCUGGGUUAAUGUUGCGAACGUCAUCUUGUGACAAUAUCGGACAUUCCUCUGAAGCUGGCGAGAGCACAGCAGCGCUGCUCGAAUUGAAUUGCUGACAGAGUCAUCAGAUAAAGUUGUUUCUCGGGAGUCCGGUGUUGCAUCUCCCCCAUGUGAGGCCUUGUCUUACUAUGAGCCUCGACCCAGUCCUGGAACGAACAUGUUUCUCAGAACAGAGCCAGAAAAGGGUGUGGUAGCCACCACCCAAUCACUGGAGGGGAAAGUGUAUAAAUGUUGUACCAAUGACUGCAAACAGUCUUUCUCCAGUAUGCAUCAUCUAAUGAAUCAUAUGAAAGUGCAUCACAAACCUAAUCGAUACUUCAAAUGUGAAGCAUGUAAACUACGUUUUCGAACCCAUCGAUCUCUACUCAAACAUAUGCACAUAUGUUUUAACACUGCAACAAAUGCUCUUCCUCAAAAGGUAGAGAAGCAGUGUCCCAGCCCUUUGCCGGUCGGUGAAUCAGACGCUCUGAUUAAACAGCCAGUCCAAGUGGAGCCAGUGAAAUUUCAAAGUGUUAUUAAGCAGCUUGAAAAGGAUAGCAGUGUAGCAAACAUGGAUACCAUCAGCAAGGCAUCUAAUUCAAGGUCACUCACACCACUCCCAAAUCCCCUACCAACUCUUCACACACCACUAAGCUCAAUGCCAUUGGUCUCUGCAACCCCACAUUCAUUUUCACUGUUGGAGCCAUCUCUGUUUGCCACACCCAGCCUGAGUAGGUUUCCUAGCCAAGCACACAAUCCAGUGCCUGGGCCCUUCAUUCCAUUUGUGCACCCUGCACCUUACAGUCUGUCCCAAAGUCCUACACAGACACGCCUUCGGUCUUACAUUCCCUCUGAAAGUCUACCAUUCUCCAGUGCGGUCUGGAGAAAGAGUGCAGCUCAAUCUGCAAACAGCCGAAUUGUGUGGGAACAUACCAGGGGCCGAUAUAGUUGCAUGCAGUGUCCAUUCUCGAGUCUGUCACGGGAGGAAAUGACCUUGCAUUUGCAAGAGCACAACAAAAUCCUCAGCAGCAGGUUACCGAACGAGAUGGGUGUGUUCGUGAAUGCUGGCAACAACUAUGGCGCUCUGCCAAUGCAAUUCAGUGAAUCCCUGUUUACCUAAGUUUACGUGGACUGAGGCCUGUGUUCAGAAAGGCAGUCACCAGGAUUAUGCGCUUGACAGUUGAAAGUUCAGCAAUAUAUAUUGUGGUUGUUGGUGAAUUUGGGUCUAGUGAAUUUUGUUCUGUUGGGAGUUCACAUAAAAUUAUAAAGACCAGCUUGCACCAAAAGAAGCAGCCAUCUGUAUGUGCCAUCAAGAUGCAGUGUGAAGUGGCACUCUGUAUUUCUGGAGGUGAUAGUGCAUUUCAUUUAUGUUUCAUGCAAUGCUUCUUCCCCUCAAGUCAUUAACACCUCGUUGACCUACAAUUUCAUGGGUUUCAAAUGCCCUUUGCAGCAUCUUGCCCCAUCCCUGUUCAUGGUAAAAUAAUCAGCCCCGUUUGAUCCCAAGGCUCAUUCAGUGUCAUCUGACUUCCACGCAUCUAUAUUUCAGCUGGAUAGUCUUCAACUUUCCCCUUUUGACCCAGAUCUCUAAGGACAGUUGUGGCACCUCUACCUUGGUAAAAUCUAAGGAUCAGACAUGGGAUUUUCCUUCUUUGUAUUGUUCAGUUGCCCUGGCUUAACCUGUUAAGCAUCCAAAGAAACCCUGAGACAGUAUUUUGCACAUUAACAAUUGUACCUGCUCUUUAGUGCUGAGGUUACCAGCAGAUUUGACCUUUGUAGUUCUAUUUAAUAACGGGCUUAUUCAUUUCUGAGUCAAGGGCCUGUGGAUUUAAAGGAUAUUUACAACAUUUUUUUCAUUUACUUAAUCAAAAGCUUUAUUUUCUCAACAUCUUUCUGUAGAAAACUAUGUAUCUUUAGCUUUAUUGACAACUUUUAGCUUUCUAUACAAAUGUAACUGAGGCACAACUUGUUUGCUCUUGGUUUGAUAAUGCAACAUGAUAUCAAUUCUAAAAGCCCCAAGAUAUCUCUCUUAUUUAUAAAAACCGAAGGAACUGCGGAUGCUGUAAAUCAGGAACAAAAGCAGAAGUUGCCGGAAAAGCUCAGCAGGUCUGGCAGCAUCUGUGAAGAAGAAAAUCGGAGUUAACGUUUCGGGUUCAGUUCUGAGGAAGGGUCACCAGACCCAAAAUGUUAACUCUGAUUCUUUUCUUCACGGACACUGCCGGACCUGCUGAGCUUUUCCAGCAACUUUGUUUUUUUUAAUCUCUUAUUUAUAAUGUAUUUGAGCACUGUCAGGUAUACUCUAGAACACAAGUUUUGACAUUUUGGGGAUCCCAUUAAAAUUUUUGAUUUUAGCAAUUGCAUUUCAAACAGUUGCCUCACUGCUUUUCGGUAUUUGUUGUACUCCAAGAUAUCAACCAUGAGCAACUGUCUAUGUGGGGUUUGUACAUUUCUCUCCCCACCUCCCCCAGAUGUCUGCAUGGGUUUGCUCCAGUUUCUUCCUGCAGCGCAAAGAUAUGCAGGUUAGGUAGUUUGGCCAUGCUAAAUUGUCCAUAGUACCCAGGGAUGUGCAGGCUAAGUGGGUUAGCAAUGGGAAAUACAGGGAUAGGAUAGGGGUUUGGGGUCUGGGUGGGAUGCUCUUCAGAGGGUUGGUGCAGACUUGAUGGGCCGAACGGUCUGCUUCCACACUGUAGAGAAUCUGAUGAUAGCCAUUCCACUUUUGCUGCAUUUCAAAAGCAUGUUGCAGUACGUGCUGUACAGUUUGAAACCUCUCCUGUAAAAAUUGCAUAUGCCCAAGAUGAAAAUUCCAUUGCACUUAAGUGUGGAUUUUUAUUCUACUUUGGCUGCUUCUCAUUUAAAGUUAGUGCCAAACAUUUAAUAGCACUUUCUACUUUGUGGGAUUUUUUCCUUCGAAUGUUCAAAACAGAUGAUGUGACGUCUGUCUAUCACAUAAUAAAUUUUCCCUCUUGCUGCAUCCUACGUGUGCAUGGUACUUGUGCAACAUUUCUGAGCACUGGAGCUUUAAAGUUAUGCUGUGGGAUAAUGGGUACAAAGGAAAGUUGUUUGUUUUUGUCUGUAAUUCCCCUCAAGUGUAGGUGAGACAGGAUUUCCAGAGUUGCUAUGUUCUAAGGCACUGUUGGACAUUACACUUCUUGUAAAGACAAGUGAAAUCGAGCUUCUUGACCUAAAUAUUGGACUGGGAUAAAUAAUCUGUUGUGUGGCCCAUUCUGAGGUCAUAAAAUCUCCAUUGGCAGUGUGUAUCCAGCUACUCAAAAUUGUGGUAAUAAGUUAGUUUUCUUAUUUGGGUUGCCACAAAUGAAUGAGCCUACAUGCAGGCCCAAAUAUGUGAAUUGUGUAGUAAUUCUUUUAUAGUCUGUCCAGCUAACAUCAAAGGGGUCAGUUAGUGUGAAUGUUUUUUGAGUUCAUCAUUGAGGUGAGGAUACAUUUUUGUUCUAACCAAGGGGAUCUUCAGUGUGCUCUUGGGUCGUAAUGUUAGGAUUUUACUUCAUUUCUCUGUCUGGGAAGUGAACUGUGGCCCAUUUUGUAGCAUAUGCUUCUCAAGAAGCCUGGUUUAUACACUGGCAGAGUGCUAUGCGAACCUGGAUUUAACUGGCAGCAGAACAUUAUACUUGGUUCUUCAUAGUUCAGCCACCAGUUUUCAUCUUGGAAAGAAAAAGCCAUUUCAACAUAUCAAUGUAUCUGCACUAUUAGAGAGUUUGCUGGCUGGUUUCUGCUGGCCAGGAGUCAGCUAAAUUAUCUGCUGCUUGCUGUCCAAUGCAUUGCUCCAGGCAUUGUCUCAUAGAUGCACAUGUAAUCCCUCUGCUAGGUUAGAUAGGUUUCAGGAGCCUUAAAAGAUAGCUUGUCAGAGCACAGCAUUGUUCAAUUGUCUGCUGCAACAGGUGAUAUUUUCUUGAGGACUUGGAGGAUUAAAGGAUAAAUACAAUUGCUCAUGUUAAUUUUAGUUGCCAGUUUUAAAAUGAUCAAAAGCAGGAAUUUUAUUUCCUUUCCCUAUCUAUCAUAGCAACAUUCUUUUUUUAAUUUCUAACCAUCACUUGCUAACCUUCCAAACCAAAAUAAUAUCAUCAGCUCCACUUUGUAUAAAGGUAAAGUUGCCAUAGUCCCAAAGGGCUGCAUUCUCAUUAUAGAGAAAUGACUGGUGUUGGUUUAACAUGUGGGUCAGCAUGCGUCAGAUGAGGGGAGAGAUUGAGAAGCUGAGCCCAUCAUGGGUAAUCUCAGCCAGUGCGGGAAUUGAACCCACAUUAUUGGCAUCACUUUGCAUCACGAACCAGACAUCCAGCCAACUGAACUGAACUGACCUCCUAAUUUAUGAUUGCCAUGGAAAAUCAGACCAGAUCAAUUAUCUUUAUGCGCUUUGUUCAAAGGGAAAAUCGUUGCACUGGGGUUAGCAUUGGUGAUUGUCUACAGCAGAGAUUUUCUGCAUUGCAUAUCAAGCCAUUUGUUUUUAAGUAUUUUCCUGCUUUCAUUUGGUCUGUUAUCAAUUGCAGUCUGCAGGUUUGUUCCCUUACACAAUGUACUGGGAUUUAAUCUAAUUUUCACUGGGAACACAAUGCCCUAGCUCAUCACUUGUGGUCAGAUUCCUUCAGCUAUGGGCAUUGAAAGGGUACAUUGGAUACUUGAUUUCCUUCUUUCAGACUUGAAGACCAUGUAUGGGUUUAAUUACGCUCAUUGUUUUGCUUUUAUUGUAUCUUGUACAGUAAUUGAAAAUCUUAAGUAAAAAAACAUUGAAAUAAAUGUCAUUGAUCAGUG